AUGAGAUGAGAUGAGAUGAAAAACACAAAAUAGUUCAAAUAUUUUGAAAUGUUAUCUAUUAUUAUUACUUUUACAUGAUAUUAAUUAUUAAUGCUAUCUCAGUGUUAACUCUCUGGUGGUGUCUGUUCUGGGAGAAGGAUCCACUGAGACUCAGGAGCAGGUUUCUGUUGAGGAUCGUUAAGAUCUUCAAACUAAAACCAUCUCAGUUCAUAUGAGGCUCAGAAUCAUUUGUAAUCCUCGUCCACACUAACACACCUGGAAUCACAGAUCAUGUGUCCACAGGGCAACUGUGACAGAUGCUCUUAUAACAUCUGGUCUCCUGCACAAGUUAACACAUUUCUCAGAGUAGUGUGGAAGUGAAUGAUCAAGUGUUGGUUUGGUGUCGGAAUCAAAUCAUAGAGGUGAUGCAUUCUUUUCUCCAGAGGACGAACCAGGUGAUCUUUCCUCAGUUGCUGAGACAAACUUUACAUUUUCACUUCCUGGACUGUAAAGUCUCUGAGAGCAGUGACAUGUUGGAGUUGUGCUGUAGACACAGACACAGCUCUGCACACACUCGAGCUCAUUAAAGACAGGUCUGCUCAUUUUCCACUUUCAGCUUUUUGAACAACACAAUGUGGAGCGGCUCUUAAACAGCAGCUCGUCAGCAGCAGCCUCUGAAGUCCGUCGUCACCACGAGUCCUCGUCACAUUCCUGCCGUGCUGCGGACAUGAGCGACGCUGCGCCUGAAUCCACGGGCGACAUUGAUUAUUCAUGCACCCAGUGCAGCCGCCCCCCCCCCCCCCCUCCUCGUGCUGACAUGUGCCACGCUCAUUGAAGCUGAUUAAUUGGCCGGGAACGAGAGAAGAUGAGAGGGAGGGUGUCACAGAGAAAGAGCAGCUGAAGAGGGGGGGGGGGUUAAGCGAGAAAGGAAAGUGGGCGUGUCACUGUGCUGCGGCGCUGAAGCUUGACUAACAGGAGUGAGUUUGGAUCAAUUCCUCUGCUGCAGAUACGCAACAAGCUCGUCCACAUCUGAAGCAGCCAUCAUUCAUCACUGAGCCUCCUCCUCCAACCGGAGCCUCCUCCGGGAAGAUGACCACGCAUUACCCCCGGCAGGAGUUCACCUCCAGGAACAUGAACGGCACAGAGAAGAAGCUGCCGCGGGUCCACAUCAACCUGCAGGAGUCCAUCGCCCACCUGCACCCGCUCCAGAGGCAGCACGCCAUCGAACUCCACCGACAGCAGCAGCUUCAGCCCAAACCUCCACAGGCCCAGGCCUCCCUGUCGACUUUCACCGCCUGCACCGUGCCAGCGUCCUGCCGAGCACGGAGUCGAUUCCUCAACCUGCGGGACAGCGUGAAGAAAAGCCCGACCAAGAGCACGGCCAAAGUGCUCAGCAGCAGCCAUGCCGCCAACAGGAAGGAGAUCCCCUGGGUGCCGUUCGCCUUCAGCAAGCAGGCCGAGGCCGCCCCGCCUUCCUCCUCCAUAAUCCCUGUGAUCCCAAUCUCGCCAAUCCCAGCCGAGACCACCAUCAUCCCUCCGACAUCACAGGCCAAUCCUCCGCCUGUGCUGGUGAACACGGACAGCCAGGACACGCCUCCAUACGUGAACGGGACGGAGGCCGACUACGAGUACGAGGAGAUCACGCUGGAGAGGGGAAACUCGGGGCUGGGCUUCAGCAUCGCCGGCGGCACAGACAACCCCCACAUCGGAGAAGACCCCAGCAUCUUCAUCACCAAGGUCAUACCUGGAGGAGCCGCCGCCCAGGAUGGACGGCUCAGGGUUAAUGACGUCAUCCUGAGAGUUAACGAGGCGGAUGUUCGAGAUGUGACCCACAGCCGAGCAGUGGAGGCCCUGAAGGAGGCUGGUUCUCUGGUCCGACUCUACGUCCGCCGGAGGAAACCGGUCUCUGAGAAGGUGAUGGAGCUCAAACUGGUGAAAGGACCCAAAGGUCUCGGCUUCAGCAUAGCAGGCGGAGUGGGGAACCAGCACAUCCCGGGCGACAACAGCAUCUACGUCACCAAGAUCAUCGAAGGUGGAGCCGCACAUAAAGACGGGCGGCUGCAGAUCGGAGACAAACUACUGGCUGUGAACAGCGCCUGCCUGGAGGAGGUGACCCACGAACACGCCGUCACUGCCUUGAAAAACACUCCUGACGUGGUCUACUUGAAAGUGGCUAAACCCAACAGUGUCUUCAUGAACGACAGCUUCGCCCCCCCCGACCUCACCAACUCGUACUCGCAGCACAUGGACAACCAUAUCAGCCCCCCCACCUUCCUCGGCCAGACGCUGCCCCCACCUUCUGGACGCUACUCCCCGACCCCAAAGAGCAUGCUGGGAGAUGAUGAUGUCACACGGGAGCCGAGGAAGGUGGUGCUGCACCGCGGAGCCACGGGCCUGGGCUUCAACAUCGUGGGGGGGGAGGAUGGAGAGGGGAUCUUCAUCUCCUUCAUCCUGGCAGGGGGACCAGCCGACCUCUGUGGAGAGCUGAGGAAGGGAGACCGACUCGUCUCAGUGAACGGCGUGGACCUCCGUAACGCCACCCACGAGCAGGCGGCCGCCGCCCUGAAGAACGCAGGACAGACGGUGACCAUCAUCGCCCACUACAGACCAGAGGAGUACAGUCGCUUUGAGGCAAAGAUCCACGACCUGCGGGAGCAGAUGAUGAACAGCAGCAUCAGUUCUGGAUCUGGAUCUCUGAGGACCAGUCAGAAGAGGUCGCUGUACGUCAGAGCUCUGUUUGACUACGAUAAGACCAGAGACUCCGGGCUGCCCAGUCAGGGACUCAACUUUAAGUUCGGAGACAUCCUUCACGUGGUCAACGCCUCCGACGACGAGUGGUGGCAGGCCCGCCAGCUGACGGCCCAGGGGGAGGUGGAGGAGGUGGGGGUCAUCCCCAGCAAAAGACGCGUGGAGAAGAAGGAGCGAGCGAGACUCAAGACGGUGAAGUUCAACGCCAAGUCUCGAGAGCGGGGGUCUCUCAAUGACAAGCGUAAAAAGAACCUCUUUUCCCGAAAGUUUCCGUUCUACAAGAGCAAAGAGGCGAGUGAGCAGGAGACCAGCGACGUCGACCAACAUGUGACGUCCAACGCCAGCGACAGUGAGAGUAGCUACCGUGGGCAGGAGGAGUACGUGUUGUCGUACGAACCCGUCGUUCAACAGGAAGUGAGCUACACCCGCCCCGUCAUCAUCCUCGGCCCCAUGAAGGAUCGGAUCAACGACGACCUCAUCUCCGAGUUCCCAGACAAAUUUGGAUCCUGCGUCCCGCAUACGACCCGGCCGAAGCGGGACUACGAGGUGGACGGCAGAGACUACCACUUCAUGGUGUCCAGAGAGCAGAUGGAGAAAGACAUCCAGGACCACAAGUUCAUCGAGGCCGGCCAGUACAACAGCCACCUGUACGGAACCAGCGUGCAGUCGGUGCGGGAGGUGUCGGAGAAGGGUAAACACUGUAUCCUGGACGUGUCGGGGAACGCCAUCAAGAGACUCCAGCUCGCUCAGCUUCACCCCAUCGCCAUCUUCAUCAAACCCAAAUCUGUGGAGAACAUCAUGGAGAUGAACAAGCGUCUGACGGAGGAGCAGGGACGCAAGACCUUCGACAGAGCCACCAAGCUGGAGCAGGAGUUCACCGAGCAUUUCACAGCGGUCGUGCAGGGCGACACUCUGGAGGAGAUCUACGAUCAGGGGAAGCAGAUCAUUGAGGAGCAGUCUGGUCCGUUCAUCUGGGUUCAGUCCAAGGAGAAGUUGUGAAGAUCGAACACUCCUCCUCUUCCUGUUCUUCCUCCUCUUCUUUACAUUCUGUUGUUUUAUUUUGAAAAGGACAGAAUCCCCCCACAAUCCCCCCCCCCCCCCAUGCCUGAAUCGGAUUUCGUGGUUAAGUCUCCUGACCAGCAGAGUAAAGCACACAGGAAGUGACAUCACACUCAACACGGUACGUGGAGGAGACGAAGACGAGGAGACGAAGACGAGUGGAUCUUUUCUUUCUUUGUGUUUUUUUCCCCUUUUCUCUCGAUGGACAGAGUUCAGUCUCCGGCUGAGACACACAAAGCAAAACUUUGCACGUUCGAGCUUUAACAGCAUGUUGAUCUCCCGUUCAUUUCCCAUCAGCCCCGUCACCUCGGCGCCGGACACAGUUCCCUCCUCCUCGCUGCUCCUCCCAUCUUUUUCCUUUUUCUUUUUUACACUCGAUUCAAGUUGAGUUCCACUUUCCGCUCCUCUCGGCUGCUGGAGGUUUGUCAGGACGCUGCAGGCUCCUGCUCCGCCGCCAGGGGGCGCUACCUUCUUAUUCCAACAUGACUGAUUUCUUUCAUAAAGACUGAUCAUAAGACCAAAAUAAGUUCUUGAGAUUUCUCAUUAUUAAUUAUCUAAAAUUAAAGAAGAAAUUAAUAAACACAUUUUAUGAAAAUCGUUUGGGAUUUAAAAAAAAUACAAACAAGAAAAAUCACGACAAUUUUCUCAUGAUUCAAAUCAUUAAAAGAAUAAUUUUAUAAUAGAAUAUAAACAUCAGAUUUUAAAUCUUUUACAAACUCACAGAAAACGAUUAAAUUAAUAUAUAUUUUUUAUAGUGAAGUUGAUGAUGAACAAAUGAUUUAGAUUUAAAUCAAAUUUUCAUUUUUUUGAAACUUUUCAGCAUCAUUUCAACUAAAAGAUUUUUAUUUCAGUGUCGUCUCAUUUCAACAGCAGCGCCCUCUGGUGGUCGGAGUUCGAACCCUGCGGGGCCGGUCAGCGUCUUACCAGGACAACGCUGUCGAUCAUGUGAUGUGUGGGCGGGGCCUGGAGAUGAGCUGCCACUCCAGGUGUUGGAGAAACGUGCAGACGAUUAUUGUACAAUGAGAUUUUCAGAUAUUUAACCCUCGGUAAACUGCCUAUUUUGUUAUAAUAAAAAUCUAUAUUGAACUUUACUUAAGCACUACUACUACGGGAAUUAUUUUCUUUGCUUUGUUAAUCAUAUGAAUAGAAAAGUAUAAAGAUAUUUGAAUAUGAAUAUAUAUUUUUCUUUGUCUUCGAUCACCACCUCCUCUGUCUUUUAAUUUCCUUUUUUAAACAUAAUAAAACUUAACAAGAAAACAGAAA